AUGGAAUCUCAACUUCCUUUUGACGAUCCAUAUUUGCACGUCAGACGAGAAACAGAAGAACCCACAGAUUAUAAUGGGAUCAGGGGGCGGCCUUGUUAUUUUCGUCGAUUGUAUGAUGGACUUUUUCCGAGGAAAAUAGCAGGGAAGACUGUCACCUUUCACAACACCAACGACCUUACACAGCUUGCUGCUGAGAUCAAUCUCUUGAAACAGAAAAUGGAUAGUCUAUUUCCAGAAAGAGACCAGGCUAGAAUUCAGAACCAGGCUUUCUCGCAGCAGCUUGAAAAUUUCACUCGCGAAAACAAUGGACUCAACACCAGGUGCGAGAAGCUACAGCACGAUAUCAGCGUCUGCUUCAACCAGAGAAAAUCUUGCGAAGCAGCUGCUGAGAAGACUCUCGAAGAUCUAGACAGUACGAAAAGCUUACUUCAAGCAAAAAAGGACGAGCUUCACAAACUUGAGCAUAAAUACAACACAGUGGUCAUGGAUCAGAAAUCUCAAGCUCAAAAACAUCAAAAUCUGUUGGAAAACUUCGAAAUACAAAAGAGACAGAAUCUCACCCUGAGUAACGAGCUCACAACAUCCAAUAAUCAGAACCGUUUGACAUCCAAUUGUGUAGACUUGCCACAGAAGCUUGAAGCGCUCGAGGAAGAAAUUGAAUAUCAUAAACAAAAAGCCAUGAGAUUUCGAGAAAUCAUUCAAAAAUCAAAUGCACCAAUGGAGAUCAACGAAAUAGUUGUUUGCGAAGAAUUUAAAUGGCUACGAGAAGAAAUCCAUCGCAUCAUUCACAGUUCCUAUACAAUGAGGCGAGUCCAUCCAGUACGUCGAAAUCCGACCUUACAGAUUGCCGAAAAUUAUCUUUCCAAUCUUUUCAGUCUUGGUCUUGAACGAUUUGAAUUAGAAAAUGCAGUGAGAGCUUUCGUGUUCGGCCGCUUGGAUCAAUCUCUGCUGCUCAAACCUUUCUUUGGACUUGAAGAUAUGGAUGAGAGCUUGGAUAUGCAGCUUGGGCUGAGAAAUUUCGAGUCAGUGCUCAAUCAGAAUCACCCAGACAAACACGACGAAAUCGCCGAAUGGAGAACCGCAACAAUGAAAUGUGCGAAACUAUUGCAACCCGUCAACCCAAGUCGUCUACCAGGCCCUUGCAUCCACGUCGCUAAAGAAUUGAUGUGGCUUUUAGACCCCUUACUAAAACACUCCCAGAAUGAGACAGAUCAGCUCAUGGGUCGCUGGCAGACACUUUGCAUGAACGCCCUCAAGUUUACCAUCAAGCUGAGGAAUUACAAAGAUGUGUACCGCUGCGAGGUUCCUCUACCAGGAGACGUGCUUAACGAUGACGAGAUAGACAUACAAUCUGAAGUUCGUAGGGAGGAUUGCAAGAAGUAUGCUGUACCAAAUGGCUGGACUAUUGCGUACGCUCUUUCGGGUGCAUUAGUCAGAUACUCAGCCGAGGAGCCGGAGACAAAGGUAGUCUUAUUGAAGCCAUGGGUAGUGACAUAUGCUCAUCCAGGCGAGAGUGAAUGA